AUGUGGGUGCACGUUUAUGACUUCGAUGGGACCCCCAAAACGCCGCCUCUGCACAGCUUGCAGACAGCAGCUGCUCCGAUCCAUCAUCGUGCUUUGAUUUCAGAAUGCUUGGUAUCUUUACGCCCAGAACUGCAAUCCGAGGUUCGCGACUUCUGGAAGAAGGUGACCACGAACACCCAGGACCCUGAUGUGGAAGCUCUUUUCAACAUCUUCCGGGUGGCCUGGGGCUUGACUGCUGGGCCUGAAGAUGUGCCCAGGCCUGACGAUGAUCCGGCUGAAGAGGCAGAGGCACCAGGAGCCGACGACGAGGAUGAUGGCGACGGCGAUGAUAUGCCACCGCCUCCAGCGCCCAAGAAGCCAAGGAAGGGCGACCCAACACCAGAGGAGGAUCUUGCUGAAGAUGCUAACGAUGAGACCGUCGAGGGCGGCGAAUCUGAGAAUGACUUGGCUAACGAUGAAUGCAUCGACGUCCACCCCAUGCCAAGCCUGGACAUGCUCUUGCCACCUGGCCCUGUGGACCCUUCCAACGCUGACACGUUGGUGAUGGAAACCCCGAGUCCCAGCCCGCCUGGACCCAAGAGGACGUUGCAGGAUGACCAGGCCGCCUUGGAUCAGAUGAUUGCUGAGAUGGAGGAGAAGAUCAGAAACAAAAAGCAGCGGGUGAAUCCUGAUGUGGACCGCAACGAGCACAAGGCCGUGAUUCCGACCAAUGGACCGACCUUGUGCAGACAGGGAGCACAGGCAUUCACGCCAACGAAGGAGGACCAGAAGGACGGAGCUGCCGAUCACGCCGAGCCGGGGCAGCCUGAAAAGGAGACGAUGCGAGAGGGCAGCAAAGGCACAGGAAGGAACGAUCCCCAGAACGAGGGCUUAGUCAGCAACGAACAGGGCAAGGGCAUCCUGCAGGACAGCAACCAGAACGGAAACAAGAACGAUGGUCAGAAGGGGGGUGAGGACAUCCUGAAGGGCAACAAGGAGGAAGGAGACAAUCACGAACUCGACAGUGUGCCCGAGGAGGAAGCUAUGGAAAGCCGGGCGAACUUUCUGACGAGAGCUCAGCAGCACCACCAUGCCAAGCGAACCCACGGUGAGGGCAAAGGGAGGGGCCGCAAAACCGGCCGAGGUGGCAAACCAGGCAGAGGCAAGGGGAAUGGUGAGGUUGUGGGCCGUGGCCGUGGCCGUGGCCGUGGCCGUGGCAAGAAAGGAGCAAGCAAGGAGACGAAGCCCGAACCAGAAGCAGCCCAUGAACAGGAGGAAGAGGAAGAGGAGGCGGAUGAUAAUGAUGAUAUGCCGGUGCUGAAGAAGCCAGCAGCAAAGAUCUCGAACAAGGGACCCAAGGCCAAGGCAGUUCCGAAAACCAAGGCAAAAGCGAAAGCGACGAUGAAGAAGCCCUCCCGGAAGACCCAGCGCGGUGAGAUCGAGGUGUACAAUGGCUACACCUAUACAGAGGUGGUCUUCCACACUGGUAUCCGUGGAGCCGACAUGAGCCAGCUGCUUGAGAUCAUCUAUGCCACUGUCUACUGGGCUGAAUAG